AUGCAUGCAGCUGAGCAUGCCCAGCGUGUCCUGUCCACAUUGAACCAGCAGAGGGCGGCAGGGAAGUUCUGCGACACCCUUCUGAAAGUGUCCGACGGUGCGGUCUACGCUGCCCACCGCGGCGUCCUCGCCUGCUUCAGUGGAACCUUCCAGGGCACUGAGAUGUCCGCCGGCGAGGAACUGAGCCUCCACGAGUGCUCCGGUGAGGGCUUGGAGCUCCUGCUGGACUUUGUCUACACAGGACAACUCAAGCUGGACCCUGGCGUCCUGGACAAGGUGCAGAGUGCGGCGUCCAGCCUGUGUGUCCCGGAGGUGGUAGCGCUGUGUCAGCGCUUCAGAGACACGCCUGCGGAUGCCCAUCCAAAGCGAGGGCGAGGCAGGCCCAGAAAGACGGAGGCCGCCGACGUCUUUUCCGACGCUAACAGUGCGACGUCUGCCCAAGAGGAGUCCGGCUCGAAUGCACACGCGGGAAGCAUGAGCGCUCUCGCCACCACACGCUCAGGCCGGGUGGUGAAAGGUCCCAGACGGCUGAUGCCAGACGAGGACACCGCCAGUGAUGUCACAGAGGACGCUCCGCCUCCUCUUUGCUAUGACAUCACUGAGCAGACGACUGAUGGAAGUCAGGCUAAUGAGCCGCUGAUCGACAUAAACGACAAGGAUGCAGGCGAGGACUUUGAGACCGCCGCCCCGGACUCGGACGAGGAGUACGUUCCCGCUCACGGAUCCGUUCCUGGCGAGACGCCGUCAUCCUCCGCAUCGAGAGCCAGGCGACACCAGCUCACGUCGGAUGGGAUGGCCGAUGAUGACGACGACGGCGAAGUGGCGGGUGACGAGUCGGACAACUCUGCGCGGUGCCCCGUCUGUCGCAAAGUCUUCAAGAGCAAAUACUACCUCAAAGUCCACAACAGACGACACACCGGAGAGAAACCCUUUGCCUGCCAGAAAUGCGGGAAGCGCUACUUCCGAAAAGAGAAUCUCAUGAUCCACCAGCUCAGACAUUGCACCACCACACAGACGUACACGUGUCAGACGUGCUCGGCGACGUUCGGAGGCAGAGAGGCGCUGCGUGCGCACGUGGUCUCCCACACGGGACAGAUGCCCUACAAGUGUCCGACGUGCGCCGAGCAGUUCAUGUACAAGAAGAACCUGACAGGUCACAUGAUGAAGGUCCACGGACACCCCAAACCACACGCGUGUCUUCAGUGCCCCAAAGGCUUCUUGACGCGCUCGGAGCUGCGAGUGCACGAAGCGUCCAAACAUCGCGGUGAAAAGCCCUUUGUGUGCGAGGAGUGCGGCCACCGCGCGUCCAGUCGCAACGGCCUGCAGAUGCACAUCAAGGCCAUCCACAGAAACGAGCGUCCGUUCGUGUGCAGCAUCUGCAGCCACGCCUUUUCCCAGAAAAACAACCUCAACAUGCACCUACGCGUGCACAGCGGCGAGCGCCCCUACCAGUGUCACCUGUGCGGCAAAACCUUCAGAACACAAGCCAGCCUGGACAAACAUCACCGCACGCACACGGGCGAGCGUCCCUUCCCGUGCGACGUGUGCGAGCAGCGCUUCACUGAGAAGGGCGCCCUCCUUCGCCACAAGGCCAGCAAGCACGAGGAGGGUCGCCCCCACUGCUGCCACAUUUGUAACAAGACCUUUAAAGCCAAAGAGCAACUGAGGGUUCAUCUGCGGCGCCAUAAGGGCAUGAGGAAGUUUGAAUGCGGCGACUGCGGAUACAAGUUCACCCGGCAGGCCCACCUGCGUCGUCACGUUCAGAUCCACAAGCGCACAGAGAACUACAACCCGCGUCAGAGGAAGCUGAGGAAUGUGGUCGUGGAGGAGGAGGGAGAAGGUGAUACGGUGGCAGCAGUAACCGAGACCUCCACGGUCACCGUGGAAACGCUGGCCCAGCCGCAGGAGGCGGUCCCUGCAGGACCCGAGGAGGCGACAAGCUCCGUUUCCGCUGAGCUGGGCCUGGACUGCGUGGUGCGAGUGAUCAUAGAGUAGAGCAGACGCAUGUAGUUCACGUUGCAACACUGAUGGAAAAGACAUGAUGAAAUAUGAAGGCCAUGGUAUCCACUGUAACAUACUGCAUAUGGAGGGAAUGAGACUUACCGCUGCUGACCUGAAGGAAAAAAACACACAAAAACUCCCCCCCACAACCCACGGACAGUCCAACAAACACUUAUUUGGAAUUAAACAGAACACAGACGUCUGAUUGACUUUCCAUUUUAAAUAUAGACAUACAUUUAUACACUCCAGGUGAAUGCAUCACUCUGCACUUGCUUAAAUACAUUUAAAACACUCAUGCAUUUGUUUUUCAUUGUAAAAAAAACCCAAAACACACACACAAAAAGACACUUGACUCUUUGGGUUAGUAGAGUACACCUCGCCGUCACUUCCAGCUAAACACGCUGUAAACAUUGGAUGGACGCAGAACCAUAAAGAAGUUUGGAUGUUAAGGACUCCUGUUUCCAUGCACAGCUUCCCAUGCGCCGAUGAACCGUCAGCGCCCUCUGCUAACUAUUCUAUCAAUCCCUCUUAAUCAAUGCAGCAACUGCACACGUUGGCGUAUUCAAGAUCAGUGUAAACUAUUAGCGCUGAUUGUCGUUGACGGAAUGUAAAUGUCGCACCAAGCUCGUGGCGUGCGGUUCUGUCGCCCAACGCACACGAGUACCAUUGUCGGUGUUGUUGGAAGGGGGUCCUUUUUGGUUCAUGAAAUACAGGGGUGUCCAAAGUGCGGCUUGCAGGCACACUAUAAAAAUCUAAUUUAAAGACUUAAGAAGAAAAAAAAAAGAAAAACUGAAAAAUCUGCAUUAAUUUUACAAGAAUAAAGUCUAAAUAUUAUGAGAAAAAUAUUGUCAUCUAAGGAGAAAAAGCCAUAAUUCUGCAAGAAUACCCAUGUGACAUUAUGGGGAAAAAUAAUGUCAAUAAGUAGCAGAAAGUUGAAAUAUUAAAGAAAAAUGUUUGUUAAAAAAGUUGUAAUAUUUGGAAUAUUAAUCACAAACAAAAUAACCAAUAAAGUUGUAAUUUUGGGAAAAACAUGACAAGAAAAUGUCAAAAUAUAAUGAGAAUAGAGUCAGAAUUACUAGAAGAAAGUUUACAAGAAAGUUUAAAUAUUUUUUUUUGGGGUGGGGGGGGCAGCAGAAAUGGAAAAAAACAGCCAUAACUUUACAAAAAUAAAGUCUAAAUAUUAAGAGAAAAAAACAUAAUUCUGCAUAAUGUAAUAUUAUGGGGGAAAAUAAUGUAAAUAAGUAGCAUAAAGUUGAAAUAUUAUGAGAAACAAACCAAACAAAUAAAGUUGUAAUUUUUGGAAAAAUGCUACAAGAAAAUGUUUUUUCCAAAAAUGUUAAGAAUAAACUUCAAUAUUAUGAGGAAAAAAUAAUUUUAGUAGCAUGGUCUUGAAAUUUUUUUUUUUAAAACACAUUUUUUUUUAAAAGGCGUAAUAUUAUGAGAAACUAAAAAACACAAAGUUUCAAUUUUUUGAAAAUUAGGUUGGGGGAAAAGUUAUAAUAUGGGAAAAAAGUCAGAAUAUUAUGGAUAUAAAGUGAGAAAGAGAAAACGUUUAAAUAGUUGGGAAACCCCCCCAGCAGAAAUUGAAAAAACAACAAAUUUUAUGCGAAUAAAGUCAAAAUAUCGAGAGAAAAAAGUCGUAUUCUAACGAGAAAGUUUCAUUUUAUGAGAAUAAACUUGUGAUACUGUGAAGAAAAAUCACGUCCUUUUAGCAGCCAAGAGUUGACAUUUUUCUAAAAUUGACAACUUUAUUUUCUUUAGUUUGUAAUAUUAUGACUUUUAAAAAUGGAAAUGUUUUAAUAAAUAUUUAAACUUUUUCUCUUUACAAUAUAACCACUCUUAUUCCCCAAAACAAUUUCACCUUUCAUCUUGUCAAUUCUCUUCUUGUAGUAUUAUGGCUUUAUUCCCAUAAUAUUUUGACCUUAUUCUUAUUCUUGACCUUAUUCUAACAUUAUAACUUUCCUCCAGUCUGAUUUUCCAAAAUUUCUAACUUUAUUUCGUUUUGCUUUUUUCUCAUAAAAAAAUACAACUUUUUAAAAACCUUUUUUUUCUUUCAUAUUCAACUUUAUGCAACUAUAUGAUGUUUUUUCUUUUUCUUGUUAGAUCAAAAAAAAGGUGUGAAUAUUUUGAUUUUACUCUUGUAAACUUACUGCUGAUUUUUGUCUUUUUGCUGGUUUUUUUCAUUUUUAUUUUUGUCUUCUUAAUUAUAUAUUUAGAAUGUGCCGCAAAUUAAUAAAAAAAAACAAAAAAACACUGUGGGCACUGUGUACGUAGUUCCAAAGUGAACUGCUUGUUGCGCACUUACCAGCACUUAACAGCGACUGCAACAUAUACCCGCUUCCUUUUCUUCCAUCCAUCCAUCC